AUGACGAUCAUUAACAAGGACAGACUAUCGACGGGUCCACGAGUCCACAAGUCCACAGGUCCACAAGUCCACAAGUCUACAGGUCCACAAGUCCACAAGUCCACAGGUCCACAAGUCCGCAUGUCCACAGAUCCACAAGUCUACAGGCCCACAUCUCCACAAGUCUACAGGUCCACAGGUCCACAAGUCUACAGGUCCACAAGCCCACAAGUCUACAAAUCCACAGGUCCACAAGUCUACAGGUCCACAGGUCCACAAGUCUACAGGCCCACAGGUCCACAAGUCCACGGGUCCACAGGUCCACAGGCCCACAUCUCCACAAGUCUACAGGUCCACAAGCCCACAAGUCUACGGGUCCGCAGGUCCACAAGUCCACAGGUCCACAGGUCCACAAGUCUACAGGCCCACAUCUCCACAAGUCCACAGGUCCACAUCUCCACAAGUCUACAGGCCCACAUCUCCACAAGUCUACAGGCCCACAUAUCCACAAGUCUACAGGUCCACAGGUCCACAAGUCUACAGGUCCACAAGACCACAAGUCUACAGGUCCACAGGUCCACAAGUCUACAAGACCACAGGUCCACAAGGCUACAGGUCCACAAGUCUAUAGGUCCACAUUUCCACAAGUCUACAGGUCCACAAGUCUACAGGUCCACAUCUCCACGGGUCCACAGGUCCAUAAGUCUACAGGUCCAAAGGUCCACAAGUCUACAGGUCCACAUCUCCACGGGUCCACAAGUCUACAGGUCCAAAGGUCCACAAGUCUACGGGUCCACAAGUCCACGGGUCCACAGGUCCACAUCUCCACAAGUCUACAGGUCCACAAGCCCCCAAGUCUACAAUCCCACAGGUCCACAAGUCUACAGGUCCACAUCUCCACGGGUCCACAGGUCCACAAGUCUACAGGUCCAAAGGUCCACAAGUCUACGGGUCCACAAGUCUACAGGUCCAAAGGUCCACAAGUCUACGGGUCCACAAGUCUACAGGUCCACAGGUCCGCAAGUCCAUAUCUCCACGGGUCCACAAGUCUACAGGUCCACAAGUGCACAUCUCUAA